CAUCUGAGAAUCCACACAGGUGAGAGGCCUUUUUGUUGUGAAACCUGUGGAAAAAGCUUUUUACGACAUCAAACCUUGAAGCACCACAUGAGAAUCCACACAGGUGAGAGGCCAUAUGCUUGCAGCAUUUGUCAGAAAGGAUUUCAUUCUAAGUCUAAUUUGAGUGAACAUCUAAAAACCCACACAGACCAGAGGCCGUUUGUUUGCAGUACUUGUGGGAAAACAUUUAAUAUUAAGUCCAAUUUGAUAAAACAUCUGAGAAUCCACACAGGUGAGAGGCCUUUUUGUUGUGAAACCUGUGGAAAAAGCUUUUUACGACAUCAAACCUUGAAGCACCACAUGAGAAUCCACACAGGUGAGAGGCCAUAUGCUUGCAGCAUUUGUCAGAAAGGAUUUCAUUUUAAGUCUAAUUUGAGUGAACAUCUAAGAACCCACACAGACCAGAGGCCGUUUGUUUGCAACAUCUGUGGGAAAGGAUUCAAUCAAAGAUCAGUGCUGAAGUGUCAUUUAAGAAUCCACACAGGUGAGAAGCCAUAUUGUUGUGAAAUCUGUGGAAAAAGCUUCACACACCGUAAAACCUUUAAGGACCACAGGAGUGUCCACCCAGAUGAGAAGCAGUAUUAUUGUGAAACCUGUGGGAAUCAUUUUAGCUGUUAUGUCGACUUGUCUGAGCACAUGAGAGUCCACACCAGCCAGGAUCCGAAGGGAAGCCAGUAUGAAGACUCAGGAUCAACCAGUCACAGUAGCAAUGUGGACAAUUCCCCUGUCAGAGACUGACUCUGAUCCUCCCCCAGGUAAAAAGUCUUUACAGAGUGACACUUGUGUAAAAGGUUUUAAGUGGAAGUCCAGUUUGAAUGAACAUGUGAGAACCUACACAGGUGAGAGGCCGUAUUGUUGUAAAACUUGCAAAGGGCUUCAAACAACACAGUGUGUUUGUCGGCCAUAUGAGAACCCAAGCAGCGAAGAGGGGCUACUCAUACUGUAGCAUUAAUGAGCCAAACUUUAGCCUUUUAAUUUGCUGUUAAUAUUCCAGCAUGUCUACUACCGUCGUAUAAUGCUUGAUAGUAUAUCACAGGGGUUCUCUAUCUUAAUAUUCAAAGGUCUGAAUAUGAUUUCUAUUCAAGGUCAAAGGUCCAGAAUGAUUAGUCAUAAGCAAAGAAAAAAGAAA